AUGGCGCUUAAAAGUACAAUUUUCACUUUUCUGGUAACCUUAUCCCUACUCGUGGUCUAUCGUACAUAUUCGUACGUAUCUCCCUUAGCAUACGCAGUCCUCGCCAAAUUCGAAAAACUCGAAGGAAAAAUUAAGAUAACUCAAAUUGACAAAAGAAAAGUCCGUGUUACAGGACAAUUCAAGAAAGGAUUCUCGGAUGUUAAUCCUGACAAUUAUAAAUUUCUUCUUGGUCAUGAAUCCGAAACCUUCACUGAGCAAGGUAUAAAAACCAAACCGCCCGGUACUGAGCCUUUUACCUUCAUUGCAUCUGGAAAUGCUCCCGCUUUAAUUGGUAAGACAAUUUCGAUUACAUACAAGAAUGCAGCCAUCGAUCGAACGACAUUUAUGGUGUCAGAAUAG